GAGUUUCGCUCUUGUUGCCCAGGCUGAAGUGCAAUGACACGAUCUUGGCUCACUGCAACCUCCACCUCCCAGGUUCAAGUGAUUCUCCUGCCUCAGCCUCCCAAGUAGCUGGGAUUACAGGCGCCCACCACCACGCCCAGCUAAUUUUUGUAUUUUUAGUAGAGAUGGGGUUUCGCCACAUUAGCCAGGCUGGUCUCGAACUCCUGACCUCAGAUGAUCCACCCGCUUCAGCCUCCCAAAGUGUUGGGAUUACAGGUGUGAGUCACCGUGCCGGGCCAAAGCUCACUUCUUUUUUUUUUUUUUUCGAGACGGAGUCUUGCUCUGUCACCCAUGCUGGAGUGCAGUAGAGCAAUCUCAGCUCACUGCAACCUCCGACUCCCGGGUUCAAGUGACUGUCCUGCUUCAGCCUCCCGAGUAGCUGGGAUAACAGGUGGGCCCAGCUAGUUUUUUUGUAUUUUUUGUAGAGACGGUUUCAUCAUGUUGGCCAGGAUGGUCUCGAUCUCCUGACCUUGUGAUCCGCCCGCCUCGGUCUCCCAAAGUGCUGGGAUUACAGGUGUGAGUCACCGUGCCCAGCCUUUAAAAAACUUUUUAUUUUAUUUUUUAUUUUUGAAACGGAGUCUUACUCUGUCGCCAGAUUGGAGUGCAGUGGCGCAAUCUCAGCUUACUGCAACCUCAAAACUCACUCCUUACUGACUUCUAGCAUACUGUACAUAUCUCACCUAUUUUCUUGGGCAGGGAUUUUUGUCUGUUUUGUUCACUACUGUACCUCGUGGCUUAGAACAGGGCUUGGAACACAGUAGCUUUUCAUAGAUAAUUGUUGAAUACAUAAAGUAAAUAAAAUGUGCAGUCAAAACUAUCGGGCCUGCAGGCAUAGUGGCUCACGUCUGUAAUCCCAGCACCUUGGGAGGCCGAGGCAUGAGGAUCGCUUGAGCCCAGGAGUUCGAAACCAGCAUGGGCAACAAAACUAGACCCCCGUCUCUACAAAAAAGCAAAACAAAGCAAAAAAACCUAUGCUAUCUGCAAGCUAUGGAAUAAUAUGAACGAGAAUAUAUCAGCGUGAUCUCAGUAGGUACGUAUGUCUUAGGAGGGGAGAGAAGGGCUGGACAACCAAGCCCUAGACGCAACCCAGUUAGACGUGGAGUAGGCUCCUGGUAGCUGAACUCAAUCUUUAGCACUCCACCCUGGAGAGGAAGAAGGGGUUCUCCAGGGUCAGCCAGCAGACAGCUGCAUCCUUUCUGGAAAUCAACCACUGUGGCCAGCCGGUAUUUGUCGUUGGUCCAUGUUUUCACCUAUUCAGGCCCAAGAGCCUCAAGGUGGGGUGGGGGGUUUAGUGGAAGCUCCUAGCGGGAGGAGGUGACAGUCCCCAGGGUCUGGCCCCUUAAUUCAGCCAUCCCGCGGGCAGGCACCACACCUGAGAGUCUGGAUCUACAAUGGACGCGCCUCCUGUCCUUCCCCCACCACGACCUGCUACGUGAUCUCGGAAACAGGGUCUAGGACUGAGGCUCCUGCCCCCUCCUCUCGUAAUUUCCCGGAGAGUAUGGGGCGGGGCGGUGAAUCAGCACUCGCAGGGACUGAUGCAGCCCUGAUCCCCGCCAGGGGUCCCCAGCAGCCUCGGCAUUCGAAACACCCCCCCCGGUCCUCCUGCGCCUGCGCGCUACGUCCGCUGGGAGUUGUAGUCUCGACCGCCCCUUUGUCCUUGGUCUCUUCAACGCCUCAGUCCACUGCAGGUUACACUACAACUCCCAGGGGCCCAUGCGUCCGAGGCCUGGCGGGGCGGGAGGCUCAAGGGGGAGGGGUAAGGGGGCGUCUGGAGAAGCUGGGGUAAGGGAACUGGGAAGUGAAGUGAAAAAAGGGGAGAGUGGGGCGCAGUGGGAAAGGACAGGGUGCCCGGAAGACGCGCAGUGAGCCCACCUGGGGAGCGGGGAGUUCUAGCCGCUGCCGGGCCCGGGCGGGGCCGGGCGGGGCUUGCGGACGGGCGGGCGGGGCCUGCCUCCGUCAUGCGGCGUGGGCGGGGCCGCAGGGGGUUGUCCGUCCGUGGCACGCACAGCAGCCGCAGCCGCCUCGCGCCCGGUCCCGCGGUCGCAGCUCCAGCCACCUCGUCCGCGCAGCCGCCGCCUCAGCCGCUCGCUCCGUGGGUCGGUCGUCUCCGGCACUUGGGCUCCAGUCGCGCCCUCCAAGCCCUUCAGGCCGCCCCAGUGUCCUCCUCCUUCUCCGGCCAGACCCAGCCCCGCGAAGAUGGUGGACCGCGAGCAACUGGUGCAGAAAGCCCGGCUGGCCGAGCAGGCGGAGCGCUACGACGACAUGGCCGCGGCCAUGAAGAACGUGACAGAGCUGAAUGAGCCACUGUCGAAUGAGGAACGAAACCUUCUCUCUGUGGCCUACAAGAACGUUGUGGGGGCACGCCGCUCUUCCUGGAGGGUCAUCAGUAGCAUUGAGCAGAAGACAUCUGCGGAUGGCAAUGAGAAGAAGAUUGAGAUGGUCCGUGCGUACCGGGAGAAGAUAGAGAAGGAGUUGGAGGCGGUGUGCCAGGAUGUGCUGAGCCUGCUGGAUAACUACCUGAUCAAGAAUUGCAGUGAGACCCAGUACGAGAGCAAAGUGUUCUACCUGAAGAUGAAAGGGGACUACUACCGCUACCUGGCUGAAGUGGCCACUGGAGAGAAAAGGGCGACGGUGGUGGAGUCCUCCGAGAAGGCCUACAGCGAAGCCCACGAGAUCAGCAAAGAGCACAUGCAGCCCACCCACCCCAUCCGAUUAGGCCUGGCUCUUAACUACUCCGUCUUCUACUAUGAGAUCCAGAACGCCCCAGAGCAAGCGUGCCACUUGGCCAAGACCGCGUUCGACGACGCCAUCGCCGAGCUUGACACCCUCAACGAGGACUCCUACAAGGACUCCACGCUCAUCAUGCAGCUCCUCCGUGACAACCUCACGCUCUGGACGAGCGACCAGCAGGACGACGACGGCGGCGAAGGCAACAAUUAAGGCCCCAGGGGGACUGGCAGCGCACGCGGAUGCUACUACUGCAGUCUUUAUUUUUUUCCCAUGAGUUGGGGGUCGGGUGGGGGAGGGAAAGGGAGGGAUGACCUUCCCAGGGAGAAACCCACGACCUGUCCUGUCUUUGAUCGCCUCUUUGACAUUUUUGCCAAAAUACCACUAGUGGAAAGUCAGGCUAGCUGUGCUGGUAUUGGAAUAGCAGCCUCACACUGGCGUCUGGACUGUUCUGUAGAUUCAUGCAAGUGGAGCUGUCUGUCUCUAAUUUAACUUAUUGCUAGAUAAUAGGGUUUUCAGAUGAAAAGAAAAAGAGAAAUGGCCCUCAUUAAGUUCUGUGGUUCCAGUAAGGAUUUUUAUGUACAUAUGCUCUCGUCUCUCGUUUUGGGUACUUUCAUCUGUCUCAGCUCUGCAUGUUUUCCAGGGUGUAGCCUACAGACAUGGAACAGUGUAAAUCCCAGACUGACAGACUUAGAACCUGAGGUCUCAUUCGUCCUUAUGGUUUAGGCCUUGCCAGUUUUCCGAAGUCUCUGAUUAGUUGACAGUAUUAACACUAAAUUGCAGUUUACAGUAUUUCUACAUUACAGCCAUAUGUAACAUCAAGCCAUCGAUUGUGUACUUUUCCUUUGCUAGUUGUUUGGGCUUUAACAUCCUUAUUCAGCCUUAUCCAGGUUGGUUUUGCUGUUCAUCGGUCUCCUAGGCUAAAUGAGAAUGAAAGCGACUUCAGGUUUUGGUUCAUAGGUGCUCGGCAGGUGGCUGUGGGAUUUUUUUUUUUUUUUUUUUUUUUUUUGGUCCUUCUUUCCUCUUAACGUAAAUCCACCACCAAAAUUAUUAAUCCUCUUGAGAGAAACGUGAAACGCCACAAAAAUAGAGAAAAUUCAGGUCUGUAUGUCAUGGAUCGUGUUGGUAUUUUCAGAGAACAUCCCGCUUCCGAAGCUGCCGCAGCUCCCUCCUCAGGGAUCACACUGCCGUCACCCACUCUGCACUGGGGCGUUUCCUACCGCACCUCGUGCUGGCGGACGCAGCUGGGUGGAGAAGCUGUGGGGUCAGAGAGGCGUUUGGAGAAGGUCUGUGGUGCAGUGUGUGAAAAUUCAGGUGCUAGAAGCCUACUGGUAGAAAAACCCAAAAGGAAGAGCUAUAUCCUUAACACCAUUCUGUCCAAUUUCGGGAGCCCUGUCAGUGUGUCGGUUUUUCCUCGAAGACACUCCUUCCCCAGGUAAUUGUAGGAAGAUAAAAAAACUGUUACCAGAUAACAAACACUGAACUCCUAUUUGACCAGAACUUUUUCCUCUCGAGAUAGUUUUUCUUUUUAAUGAAAAAAGCAUAGAAAUUGGAGAUUGGCUUGUCUCGCACAGCCAGUGCACAUUUGGAAUUGACGGAAACAACAUUGCUAUUUCCACCCAUUUGUUUUCGGCAGCCUUAAGGCCCUCAUUCUCAUUUCGGGUGAAUCUGUCUAUCUGUGAACGUGGCCCGCAUGUGCAUUCUUUUUUUUUUAAUAUAAAGUCAGUGACAAGAGGAACUCCCGAGACGUGUGAUGACACCACACUUGUUUUCUUUGUUUCUUUGUUUUAUUUAGGCAAGAAGAGGUGUGAGUAAUUGAGGAAAAACUGACAGAUGCUUUUGCUAAUACCAAAAUUGAGCUUACAAUUAGGAACUGAGUAUGUGUAACAGGAUACAGGUGACAGUGAAGAUAGACGAACCACGAUGACCACAGACUCAAUGUGCUCUGUAACAUUGCACAGUUUACCCAGCAUGACUUUCCUUAGGAGGCCCCCUCCUCACGCUAGAGCAAAAGUCCCAGUUAACUGAAGCCUACCAGAAGAACUAGUAGAAGAAGCUUUGCCGCUUUUGUGCCUCUUACAGGCGCCUAAAGUCAUUGCCAUGGGAGGAAAACGAUUUGGGGGGGGGGGGGCGGGGUAGGUGGGGCUUUCCCUAAUUUAUCUUCAUGUCCAGUGAGCAGUGUUGCGUUUUUCCUUGUAGCAUUUGGAAAUGAUUUACUGGAAUUACAAAACCUAUUUUUCCUUUAAAUUUCAGCUUUGGCUCUGGCUGCUUUUUAGAAUAAUGCAAGAUAAAAAUCACACCUGAGGGCUAAAAACGGAGAGGGAAUGGGAGACUUGAUAUUUAAGCAGCUUGAAUGGUUUUUCUUUUCUUUAUUUUUAAAGAAAUGCACUUGCCUAUGAUAAUGUCUCUCCAGUGAAAUGAUUACUCCUCCAUUACUCUAUUGAUACAAUAUUGUGCAUGCUAGUGUUGUAUUUCUAUACAGUAGCUUGAAAUUGAUUAACUUAUACUGUAGGUGUUAUGUAUUCCUAUGACAAAAAAAAUUAAGUCUUCAAAUUUUUUAAAAGUUUUUUUUUUUUUUUAAUUUAAUUUUUCCUUUUGGGGGUAAAGUUUGCUCUACCAAAUAGUGAUUGUAACAAAUUGAUCUGUUUUGGAUGUUGCUAUAGUGACAUGCAGUUAUAUAUUUUGUUUUUAAAAGGGGGGGGAGCAAAAGAAACACCAGUGUUAGCUUAAUCUUAAUGUCUGGUGUUUGUCAUGGUGAAAUUAUAACUAUUACAGUGUCGGAGAACAACAAAUAUGUUCUCUGAAUGAGCCUUUGUGCUUUUUGUCAUGUUAUGCAGUGAACUAUUUUUAAGGUCUAAUCAGUGAUUAUUUUUCCAGCUCCGUGUUUCUCUAAGGAAUUAUUUCACACACGGACCAUCUUUAGCAGUUUCCUCAGUGAUGGAAUAUCAUGAAUGUGAGUCAUUAUGUAGCUGUCGUACAUUGAGCAAAUAAACUUACAGAUCUGA